CACUGACUCCAAAGUGACCACAGUUUCCACGUGAGAGUAUUUGAGGUGCAUGAAUGAACGCUACGAGUGCUCCAAUAAGAGAAUCGAUAUCGUGAGAAAAAAUGACAAGGUUUGCAAGAGCGAAGGGAUCCAAAGCUUCAAACGAAAGACUACCGAAUGAGGCUACGCCAUGGCACGUAAUGAAACAACAAUUAGAGGAGAGCAAGAGCAAGGUACCUUUGGAGAAGAAAAAAUCGGCGAAGGAGUUAUUGAAAGAACGCGAGGAUCCCCUCAACAGCGGCACUAAAAACACUCAGGAAUGGGCGGAAUUUGAAGACAACAGACCCAAGACUAACGUAAAAAAACAUAAGGAUCCCAAGUCAAAUGGCGAUCUCGUAAAAAAAUCGAAAAAUAAAGUAGCAUCCGUAGGUGAUAACAAUGUAGAGAAAUUGCAAGCAACGGGAAAUGUAAAGACAACAGACAGGAAGAAGAGCAAGUUUUCAAACGAAAAGAAACAAGCCAUCGACAAUCUAAAUUCAACAUCCCAUGAGAAAGAAUCGGGCAAGCCGGGGGUUCCACAGGAUUCAAGUCACGUUGUGUUGAGUAAACGACAGAAGCGGAAUCAGAAGAGGAAGUUGGAAAUGUCUAACGACGGAUCCAAGAGAUUCAAGAGAGAUGCUCCAGUCAAGAGUGGCAAUGCAAUCACGAGGGAGGAAAGGAUAAAGAAGAAGGGAGAGUAUAAAAGGAGAAAGCCAAAUACCGGUGUCACAAAAAUAAUAAUCAACGGUGUUGAGGUCGAAAUUGUUAUGUACGAUGGAUUCCCCGUGAAAAAGGAAGAUGCCGACAGAUUAGCGGAACUUAAACGGAAAAUGAUAAUGAAGGGUAUACCAAAAUCUGAGGUGGAUACGGCGAUGAAGCUGGAGAGACGCAGGGCUGAGAAAGCCCUGACGCGCGUCAGGAAACUAGUCUGCUUCAAUUGUCGCAAGUCCGGGCACAAUCUGUCGGAUUGUCCCGAGCUCGAUCACAACGAGACCGGCACAGGCAUCUGUUUCAAGUGCGGCUCAACGGAACACACUCACUUCGAGUGCAAAGUCAACAAGGAUUCUACUUACAGAUACGCAAAGUGUUUCAUCUGCCGGGAGCAGGGUCACAUUGCUGCGCAAUGCCCGGACAAUCCUAAAGGAGUUUAUCCCCACGGUGGUAGCUGCAAAAUUUGCGGGGCUGUGACACACUUGAAGAAGGACUGUCCGGAUUUGGUGGAUGCCAAAGAAGGCAACGCAGUCACAGUGGAAAAGAUGGACGAAUCUGCCGUGGAAUCUUUGCAGAAAGACGCAAAAGAGAAGUGCGACGGCAAUAAACCCCUUCAAAAUAAGAUCAUAAAAUUUUAGCGAUACACUUUACAAUAUAUUUACGAACUUGUAUUAUAUCUUGUUUUUCUUAUCGAUACAGAAAGAAUUAUAUACACUUGCCAGAAAAA